GAGCCCAGCUGCUAUGAUGUUGUUUACGGAGCCACGCUAGCAUAUUUUAUGUGGCUUCUUAUAGCCCGGCACCACUACUGCUUUAUGGGGGUGAGUCAUAUCCACAUAACAAACAGGCCCAGCAUGGGAAAAUAUCAUGGUGAUGUUACAGCCAGAGUUAGGGCUUUUUACACUGGAGCUUUGUACGGGCUAGUUCACACCGGAGGCCUAACAUUUGGAGAGCAAACGGCUCAGGAGCCGCGCGGGAGGUCCGCGGAGAAACGGUUACAACUAGUAAUAAAGCUGAACAUUAAGGAAGGACUGAGUCAGAUUUAAAGAUUGUUAAUUAUUGUCUAAAGCAUGUGCAUGCUAGAUGAGGCAGCCCUGAUAACUAACAGAUGAUUUCUUCAUUGCGAGAAAGAGAAAAAAAAAAAAAAAAAAAAAAAAAAACAGCCGCUCAGGUUCUUUGGUAUCAGCAAAAAUCUCGGAGAGCAGGAAUGUGGAGAUUCAUGACAGACAUGGAAGGAUAAUGUCUGAACCAUAUGCUCGGGUUGUCUGCCGUGAAAGGUAAUACAGUGGGCUGUGUCAUCAGAGCCGAGGCUGAGCUGGAGUCGGUGCCGUUACAGGAUUGCUCAAUGGUUGUGUCACCAGGAGGCUGGACUGGUCGGGCGGAGUGUUUGAGCUCAGAGCUCAACAUCACUAGAGCUCACUCACUCUCAGCCUCUCUGAGUGUGAGGCGUCUCUCCUUCUCUCUCCCCCCUCUCUCUCCCUCUGUCUCUCUCUGUCUCUCCCACAGUGGGCUCCGAGGGAUCGGGAUUUUCUCAACAAAAAAUUAGACUACACACGCGUCAGAGCCGCGAGCAUUUGCUCUCCAGGAGGCGUUGGAUUAUCAUCCGAGAACCUGCUCAAGUUUCCGAAUCUCACACGGAGGAAUGGAGCGCAGAGUUUGUAGCUUAUUGUAAUCAUCACGGGAAAGGACACAUAAAGGAAAAAGAUUUUUUCUUUUCUUUUUCCUUUUUUUUUUUUUUUUUUGGUUUUAAUGGUGAAUCGGCACAUCAGGAUGAACUUGCAGUGGAGCAGCCCGGCGACCUGCAUCCGCGCCGGGAGAGUCGCGCACAAGCGGCUGGACUCGGACGACCAGCCGCCGGCUAAAUGCGCCAGGCUGGGCGCAGAAGCCGGGGACGCGCAGGGGCUCCUCGGUACCUCUCCCGGCUCCCCCGUCAGCCCCGUCUCUACCCCGAUCCCGCCGACCCACCAGGGACCGUCCAGGAUAGGACCGUUCCUGCUUCUACCUCUGGCGGACCGGGACAGCAUGCACAGCGCGAUGAACACCGACACCGGCGAUGAGCUACUGUGUAAGGUCUUUGACAUGGGGGUGUACCAGGAAAAGAUCAGAGCCUACGGGGUCCUGCCGUCCCACAAGAACGUGGCCGGCGUCAGGGACAUCAUCCUCGGCGAGCGCAAGGCCUACGUGUUCCUGGACAAGGACUUCGGGGACAUGCACACCUUGGUGAAGAGCUGCCGCCGGCUGGACGAGGAGCGCGCCUGCAGGCUCUUCCGUCAGGUGGCCCAGGCCGUGGCGCACUGCCAUCAGACGGGCAUCGUGCUGGGUGACCUCAAGCUGCGCAAGUUCGUCUUUUCAGAUGAAAAAAGGACACAGGUGAGACUAGAAAGCCUCGAGGACUGCCGCGUCCUGGAGGACCCCGCCGAUGACUCCAUGUCGGACACGCACGGCUGCCCCGCCUACGUCAGCCCAGAGAUCCUCAGCGGCUCCACGCCUUACUCCGGCAAGAUGGCCGACAUGUGGAGCCUCGGGGUCAUGCUGUACACCAUGCUGGUCGGCCGCUACCCUUUUCACGACCCGGACCCGGCGACGCUGUUUUCCAAAAUUCGCAGAGGCCAGUGCUGUUUGCCCGAGGGCUUGUCGCCCAAGGCCAAGUGUCUGCUCCAAAGCCUGCUGAGGAAAGAACCCUGGGAGAGACUCACGGCGGCGGAGCUGCUCGCUCACCCGUGGUUCCACCUGCCGCCGUCGUCCCAGGAAGCGGCGUUGGGCGAGCAGGAAGUGAGCCCGGUGGAACAAAUGGUGCCGUCAUUUGACGUGGAGGAAGAUGACGAUCUGUUCUGCUGACGGACUCGAGUCAGUCUAAGGGACCAAAUCAGCAUUUUGCUAUGAGGGAUUCAUUGUUGUUGUUUUUUUUUACAUUGGCACUUUUUAGAAACCCAUUUGUGUACUGUUGUGUGUACAUACACCCUCAAGCUUUCUACAAAACUUACUGUACUGUAUUUUGUUGUCGUAUACAUGUUACUUGCUAAGGGCAUUGUUCACAAUGAUCGUUCAUUGUGUUUCUAUGUGUGUGUUUUAGAAAUUAUUUGGUGCUAAAAGAAAUAACAGUGACUCAGAAUUUGCCAGAUUGCGCUAAAAAUACGUGUAUCACAGUCGUUAAACCCCUGGCAAACGGUAGUCAUCGGAGCCCGCUCUCGGCCUGAACUCGUGGGGAUUCGCGAAGCGUUACACGCAUCUUGAAACGGGAAGGCGAGGAGACCAGGAUGUUGUUCCUCUCACUCUCUGACCAGGCUGCGGGCUCCGCCAGCUGACUCACCGAUCAAGUCGAGGAAGGCCAAGCGCGAGCUCGACGUCUCGAGGCGGACACAAAGCGAGAGAGAUGGUUAGCAGGGGACUGAUGUGUCAUACUCAGCGGGACACUACGAAAGGUGUCUCGCUGCCAAUCUGGCAAACGUCUCCGCGAACGGAGAGCAUUUACAAAUCUCACACCAUGCACAGAAGGUUGAGAAAGGCAGGGUGUUACUGGUGUAAGAUGGGAAAAAGCGUGUCGCACGCAGUCAGCAACUAACAGUGACACUUGGCUAACGCGUGUCCUUGUAAUUGGCCGACGGAGGAAGGUGGACCUAAUUUGUAGCUGUUAAAACUAAACUAUCAAGCGUUUAUAAAACACGCUCAAAGCUAAAUACCCAAUAUAUGACGGUUACAAACAGAAAGCAUCUGAUCUGAUGUUGUAAACAAUCCCGCCUGUGUGCAGUUAGCCACAGCAAAACCUAACACUAAGGCCUCUGGUUUGAAAUAAAAUGCUAGGAGCUACUCUGGUUUUAGAGACCUGGUCACAUGCCUGGGCAGCAACAGAGAUGUUUGGAUGAUUCUUACACCUGAAGGCAACACGGGGAUUUCAGAAGUAAAGAUACACAGAUUUUUUAACUCGGUCUAACAAUGUUUGUAGAUUUUAGGAAACGUGUCAGCUAUCCACUUAAGGAAACACGAAAUCGGAAAGAAGAAAAAAAAAAAAAAACAAGACUUUCUCAGCUGAGCAGUUGAACCUGUUUUGUUCAUCUCCGCUGGAACAUUAUGUCAACCUAGCAAAGCCGAGCCGAGUGUUGUGCCCGUAUCACUGUGUUUCAUAAACUGAAUGACUCUGAAUCAGUCGCAGUCAGGCGAUAUUCGAUGAUGGUUGUCUGUUGAUGACUCAACACUCGAGCGUGUCUGUAGAGAAUGUUUCUGACCUUGGCUGGAAGAAUCUGUUCAGACGGUUCCACCGCUUUAAUGGUACUUUUUCUAUUUUUUUUUUCUUCCCCUUUUCCAUUUUUUUUUUUUUUUUAUUCAGUUGAAAGCUGCGGAUCCAUGGAGACUGGUCCUCAUAGUCAGUGACAUGCUGCGCCACAGUUUAUGCUUUAUGUUGUGACAAGCUGACGACUUUCAGCUAUUACUGGUCCUCAGACAUCUGUUUCAUUCUGAUUCAACGAUGCUGCCAACGGUACAAAAUCUGGCAUACCUGAGAAGUGCUGUGCAUUUGAUUUUAGUGUCACGCAGUCGGCUAACAAAACUGCUCUUUAACCAUUUCCUAAAGAGAGACUUGUGACAAUCUGAAAUGUUCCUCGCAGUAAAGUAAUUUAUGAUUUAAUUUCUAGUACAUACAUGUAGAGUGAGUCACGCGUUCACGUGACGUGUAGAGUAAACUGACACGGGUGCACAAUCGUCAUAUUGCACUGUGAAUUAUGUAUUUGUGACACAACCUAGAGGCUUUUAUUAGUCCGCACAGGUUACACACGAGAGUUAUACUCAUUGUACAAAACGUGUAAAUAUGUAUAUUUUAAAUAUGUGUGGAGUUGUUGAAUAAAGAUCACAUUUUUACAUAUUUCA